AGCUGCGCCUCAGCUGAUCGGAAGUCAAAUCGGCAGCUCGGGUUGUUGUUGGAGCGCUGAAGCUUUAACGGGGUUUUAGCGAUGGCUGAUACCGUGGCGGAUACGAGGAGACUCUUCACCAAGCCGCAGAACCUCAGCGAUGCGUACGGACCGCCCAGUAACUUUCUAGAGAUCGACGUGGGGAGCCCGGAGACUGUCGGUGUUGGUCGAGGGAGAUUCACUACGUAUGAAAUCAGGCUGAAGACAAAUCUUCCCAUCUUCAAGCUAAAGGAGUCUAGUGUCAGGAGAAGAUAUAGCGACUUUGAGUGGCUGAGAGGAGAGCUGGAGAGAGAGAGCAAGGUGGUUGUCCCCCCUUUACCUGGCAAAGCCCUGUUUAGGCAGCUCCCAUUCCGUGGAGAUGAUGGCAUCUUUGAUGAUUCCUUCAUUGAGGAACGGCGGCAAGGCCUGGAGCAGUUUCUCAACAAAGUGGCUGGCCAUCCAUUGGCUCAGAAUGAGCGCUGCCUGCACAUGUUUCUCCAGGACGAAUCGGUGGAUAAAAACUACACCCCUUCCAAAGUCAGACAAGCCUGAACUGCCUACACUAGAACUAUCCACAUACACAGAAUAAGGCGCAGUCAUCUGGAGCUCUUCCUCUGGAAAGAAAAUGGCCCGUCUAAACCUUCACUCUUUGUACUGCAUAAAAUGUGCAAGAAAGUUCCUGAGCGAGAAAUGUCUUAUGAUGCUUCAAAAAAAAAAAAAAAAAAAUCCCUGAAAUUUUUCAACAUCUCACUUAGCAUAAAGCUCUGUUACCCAGUCAGUGCUCACUGCUCCAUCACUUUAGAUCACUGUUCUCUUUCUUUGUGCUCUUAUUGCUGAUUAAUUCAAAUACCAACUGUUGCUCUCAGAAUCAGAUCAAAGUGAGACAUGAAAGACAUUUUUUAUGUGUAAUGAUUGUGAUUAUUUAUGACAGUUUUGUGUCUGCAAGCACCACUAACUAUUUUUAAGUAGCUCAGGAUAUGUAUCUUCACAUGAAACAUCUGACAAAAAUGAACCAAAUAUAUAAAAUAUAUAUUUACACUUAUGCAAGCAUUAUUUACCAGUGUUAGAUUAAAUCCUACUUUCCUUUAAAUCCUAGUUUCCUUUAACUGAAUUUAACUCUCAAGAGAUUUAACUAUGUAGGAGUUAUUUUAAUGCAGGUGAUUUUCCUUUCCUCCCCCUGAAACACACAUUUACUCACACUGCUCUGAAUGUUUAAGGAACACCAAAUGAACUGCAACUAGUUGUUGUCUCACAGGGCAGAACUCACUUCAGUGACACGUCUUGUAAAGCGUUUGAAUAUGCGAUGUGUGUAUGUAACAGCCAACACUAGCCGAGCCUCAGUAUGUUUGUUUUUUUCCCCUUUUUCUUCCUGGUUAAAGCACACAAACACAGAAGGCUGUGGUUGGCGCAUGUUUUCAGAUUUGUAUACUGCUGUGCCAUUAUUUGUUUGUUUCUGAGAAUUUUCCAAUAAAACUGUUCACACACAGA